AUGGCUAGGAUUUCUAAGAAGGAAGCUGACACUCUGGAAUGUGGUCGUCAAGAUGGUGUGGUAGUUACUUUGAAUCCUUUGUCAUGUAUGCUAGCUGCCAUAAAUGAUCCUAAUGAUGAGAAUAUCUGUGUCAUUGAUGAUGAUGUAGAGUCUUGGAGUGAUAUUGUUGUAGAGCCUUGUGCUUGCCCCAAAUUCUGUGAUCUGGAUGAGGUGAGAAGGGAACAGUUGACGUGUCCAGAGGUUGUGGCUUUAAAAGGACAGUCUGGUGUCAUCUCUGACCCUGAUGGGACGGUGUAUCGUGUAGAACGGUUUAGUCCUGCUGGUACCCGCGUUAAGCAACUGCUACUGCCUAAGUCUUGUCGUAGACAUCUUGUUGAGCAAGCUCAUGCGGAUACUCAUGCUAAUGGACGGCAGUUGAAGUUCUUCCUCCAGUCUUGGGCGUGGUUUCCCAAGCUUGAUAAUUUAUGUCGUGCUGUGACUCAGGCUUGUCCAACUUGUCAGUUGACAGCGAGUCAAGCUGGUAGGGAGUUUGCACCUCAGACCAUCCAUGCUGCGAAUCAUCCACAGAAUAGAGGCUUUUAUGAGAGACGGCAUCGAAUGAUCGUUGAGGCUAUGAGGAAGUUUACCCUAGCAAGUGGAUCGUUGUGGUCUGAUGAGCUGAUUCUUGCCCAGGUUAAAUGGUUGAUUAAUCAUUCUGAGAUUGUUCGCGGUCGUCAUGUUUUGGUUACUACUUCUUCUGGUGUUGAGAUGCACUGGCCUGGUAACGUUAAACGCUAUAAGACUCUUGAACUAGAUGGAACGUCGCCAAGCAGCAGUGGCUUCUGA